AUGAAUACUGGCGAUAAAAUUGCAGCUUUAAAUGGUAUUGUAAGCACUUUAUACACCGGAGUUUAUGUUAUGAAGAAUAUUAGCGGCGUUCCAGUUGUCAAAGGAGCAGUAAUACUUUGCUCUGGAUUUGCUACUUGGGGUGUUAGUCGUUGGUGCUGGAUUAAGUUGGUUGAUGUACCUAUUGAGCAAGGUCAAUUAUUCUGCCCUGCUUGUGCUUUGGUGCGUGGAUCUGCUACUACGAUCGUUAGUGGUAGUGUUAUCCCGUCAUUGGUGUGGCUUUUUACUAGCUCAAAUCGAAGUGCGAUCUUGAAAUUACUUACUCAGCCUAUAAAAGUAAAUCCGUUAUUAGGAUUUGUUAUUGGAUGUAGUACAUUGCAGGUUGCGAUUGGUGGUUUCUAUGCUGAUCGCAAAUGGAAAGGUAGAUAUCUUGCUUAA